AUCCCUAGACCACGAAAUGCUUUUAUCCUAUUCAGACAAAAGCACCACCUCGCUUUAAUUGAAGAAGGGAACCAGGUUAAAUCCAAUCCAGAAGUUUCCAAAGAAUUGGGAAGAAGGUGGAGAGCUUUAGAACCUGCUGAAAAAGAUUAUUGGAAUAACCUUGCUGAAGAGGAGAAGAGGUUGCAUGCUGAAAAAUAUCCUGGUUAUAAGUAUACCCCAAAGAGAAACAACAAGAAG